AUGGUUUUCAAUUUCGGAAAUAAGAAUAAAAAGAAUUACAAUGAUGAAACAAAUUCAAUAGUUGAUUCGUCAUCCCUUCCAUCAUCAAAUAAUAGUACAACUCCAUUAAAUGACCACAGUAACCAGAAUGAAAAAUCAGAUACUGUUUUCAGGGUUAAAUCAGAGUCAUCACAAGAAUCAAAUGAAUUAGUUAAAAAUCCAUUUUUAGAUCCAAAAGUUGAAGAAUACUACAGAGAUGUUUAUACCAACUCAAAAUAUGAAAGUUAUAAAGCUUUUGAUCCACAUUUCACAUGGACUGAAGAAGAAGAAAAAAAAGUUAUAUGGAAAUUAAAUUUUAGAGUUGCUUUAGUUGCUUGUUUAAUGUUUAUGGGUUUACAAGUUGAUAGAGGAAAUUUAGCUCAAGCUGUUACUGAUAAUUUAUUAGGUGAUUUAGGAUUAAAUACAAAUGAUUAUAAUGUUGGUAAUACAAUUUUUUUGGUUUGCUUUUUAGCUGCUGAAGUGCCAUCACAAUUAAUUUCAAAAGCUUUGGGUCCAGAUAUUUUUAUUCCAGUACAAAUUUGUGCAUGGAGUAUUGUUGCAAUGUCUCAAGCUGCAUUAAGUGGUAAAGCUUCAUUUUAUGUAACAAGAGCAUUAAUUGGUGCAUUAGAAGGUGGAUUUAUCGCUGAUUUAGUAUUAUGGUUAUCUUACUUUUUCACAUCAAAAGAAUUACCAAUCAGAUUAUCUUGGUUUUGGACAACUUUGUCAUUAGUUCAAAUAUUCACAUCAUUAUUAGCGUUUGGUAUAUUAAGAAUUAAUUCAUUUGGUUGGGCAGGAUGGAGAUUCUUAUUUUUAAUUGAAGGUGGAUUUACAUUAUCAAUUGGUAUAGCAUCUUGGUUCCUCAUGCGUCCUUCUGCUGUUCAAACCAAAUCUAAAUGGAACCCCAAAGGUUGGUUUACUGAUCGUGAAGAAAAAAUUGUUGUAAACAGAGUAUUAAGAGAUGAUCCAUCAAAAGGAACAAUGCAUAAUAGACAAGCUAUAUCUCCUAGAAUGUUAUGGCAUUGUUUAACCGAUUAUGAUUUAUGGCCGAUAUACAUUAUUGGUAUACUUGCUUAUAUUGGACAAACUACUUUUACUUCAUAUUUUGGAUUAAUGAAUAGACAAUUAGGAUUUAAUGUUUUUGAUACUAAUUUAUUAACUAUACCAACUGCUGUUAUUCAUAUUAUUUUCUUGAUAGCUAUAACGUGGUUAUCAGAACGUUUAAAUCAAAGAGCAUUAGUUGCUUUAAUAGCUCCACUUUAUGCAACACCGAUUAUGGGAGUUAUUAGAUGGUGGUCAGGUGCUGGAAAGGACAUUUGGGCAACAUGGACAUUAAAUACUUUAUAUUUAGGUCAACCAUAUAUUCAUGCCAUUUGUGUUAGUUGGGUAUCAAGAAACUCAAAUAGUGUUAGAAGUAGGUCAGUAUGUUCGGCAAUUUAUAAUAUGAGUGUUCAAUUGGGAAACAUUAUCGGUAAUUUUAUAUAUAGAGCUGAUGAUAAACCAUUAUACAAGAGAGGUAACAUGCAAUUAUUUUGGAUUUCUUUUGCAUUGAUUCCAGUUUUAUUGUUGGUCAAAGUUUACUAUGUUUUCAGAAAUAAUCAAAAAGCAAAGAAAUGGAAUGAAUUAUCACCAGAACAACAAGAAGAUUAUAGAAAAAAUACUACAGAUGAAGGAACAAAAAGAUUAGAUUUUAGAUUUGAUCAUUGA